AUGGCCACCCGAACGAGGGCAUUAAGGUCUUUGGCACGGGCCAGCGGCGCCAGCGGCCUCCUCCGAAGGAUCCAUUCCGGCCGAGUGCCCCGGCUGGCGGACCAGACGACGAUCCGCGCGCCCGUGGCCGAAGCGCUGAAGGUGGCGAGGCACGAUGAGGCGAUGAUGGUGCCAAAGGACUGGGCGCAGUUCGAUGAUGCGGACAUGAAGAUUCUACACAACUUGGGCAUUGAGACUGACGCAGUCAUCCACAACGCACGCCCUGGGACCUUAUACGAUGAGGCCUUGCGCUACGAGAAGGGCUCCGCCAUUUUGUCCACUGGCGCAUUGGCCGCCUACAGCGGGGCCAAGACGGGGCGCUCGCCCUUGGACAAGCGAGUCGUCGAGGAGGAAUCGACUGUGGACGACAUUUGGUGGGGCUCGGUGAAUGUCAAACUUGCAGAAAAGAGCUUCAUCAUCAACAGAGAGCGAGCCAUCGACUACCUCAACACACGUCCCAGACUGUAUGUCCUUGAUGGCUUCGCUGGCUGGGACCCUGACUACCGCUACAAGAUCCGGGUGAUCACGAGUCGCGCGUACCACGCCCUCUUCAUGCACAACAUGUUGAUCCGCCCCACCGAAGAAGAGCUCGCACACUUCGGGGAGCCGGACUACACCAUCUACAACGCAGGUGCUUUCCCUGCAAACCGGGCCACUGAAGGCAUGUCAAGUGGCACUUCAGUGUCGUUGAACUUCAAGACUCGGGAGGUAGUGAUUUUGGGCUCGCAGUACGCCGGCGAGAUGAAGAAAGGCGUUUUCACCAUCAUGAACUAUCUCUUGCCCAAGCAGGGCAUUCUCAGCAUGCACGCGAGUGCGAAUGAGGGCCAGGACGGCGAUGUCACGGUGUUCUUUGGCCUCAGCGGCACGGGGAAGACCACGUUGUCGGCGGAUGAGAACCGGAAGCUUAUCGGUGAUGAUGAACACGCCUGGACAGACAAGGGCGUGUUCAACAUCGAAGGUGGCUGCUACGCGAAGGCUAUUGGCCUCACCAGGGAGAAGGAGCCGGAGAUUUGGGAUGCCAUUCGCUUUGGCGCGCUCUUGGAGAACGUGGUGUUCGACCAGCGCACUGGUGAAGUGGACUACAACGACAACAGCAUCACUGAGAAUACCCGGGUCUCGUACCCACUGGAGUACAUCCCCAAUGUGAAGAUUCCUGCAGUUGGUGGUCAUCCGAAGAACAUCAUCAUGCUCACUUGCGAUGCCUUUGGCGUUCUUCCACCAGUCUCCAAGCUCACGCCAGCACAAGCCAUGUAUCACUUCAUCUCUGGCUACACCGCAAAGGUGGCUGGCACCGAGAUGGGCGUGAGUGAGCCCACCGCCACCUUCUCCGCCUGCUUUGGUGCCCCCUUCAUGGUGUGGCACCCGGCCAAGUAUGCCGAACUGCUGGCUGAAAAGAUGGCCAAGCACAACGUGAACGCCUGGCUGAUCAACACCGGCUGGACGGGUGGUGCCUUCGGCCUGGGCCACCGCAUGAGCUUGAAGGAUACUCGUGCCAUCAUUGAUGCGAUCCACUCGGGUGAUUUGGCCAAGGUCGAGUACGAGAACUUCCCCAGGUUCAAUUUGGCGGUGCCGAAGAGUUGUCCCAACGUUGAUGCCAAGAUCUUGAUGCCGAACAAGACUUGGUUGGACCAGUCGGAGUUCGAGCGAAUGUCAGCCAAGCUCUCAGGGCUUUUCAAGGAGAACUUCACCAAAUUCCAAGACGGAUGCUCUGCUGACAUCAGGGCAGCAGAUCCACAGUAG